GCGAGAGGUGGCGCCGCAGGCAGGGCGGCGGGCAACUAAGGGGAGGCGCCCUUGUCCCGGAGGCUCCGCGUUCCUCAAAGGCGGCCCCAGUGGCAGGAGGCCAAGUCGUUCAGGCCCAGGCUUGCUCCUCGGGCGGAGAGUCACGGGCUCGAACACCGCGACUCACAGCCUACUCAGCCUUCCGAACCGCCCGGGGGCGUGGCCGAGACCCUUGUGUCUCCGGACACCACGCCCCCUACUCCUGCCCAGGCCCGGUUGCCUGGGUUACGAGGCGCGCUCUUCAGCCCCGCCCCUGCCCGGUUCGGCUGUCUUUGGCGUUGCCUGAGCUUCUAUGCGCGACAGCGAGGGUGACUUUGCUUUGGCUCCGCCUGAUUGGCAGUCUGAGUUUAUAAGUGUCAUCUUGGCUGGAAGUCGCAGCUCCAGAGGUGUGGAGGUAACUAGCUGGCGACUUCCUGGAGUACCGGCUUGUCUUUGGACGACGGGCACAAGGGACCUCGGGUCCGGGCCUUUUUCCUUCAAGAUGGCGGCGCCCAGUGCGCACAGAGUCUCGGUAGCCAGAGGUUAAGCUCAGUGACUGCGGAGUGAGAGUGCGGCCGCGUUGCGAACUUCGAAACGCCCGCGUUUGGUUUCCCCGGCAUACGCUGGGUGAGUGCUGGCCUUGCUGCAGACGAGAGGUGUCAAGUCGCGGGUUGUUACGCACUUUGCAUUCAGCUGUGACUUCCAUUUCCGGUAUCUUCAUUGAGGCUCUUCUGUACUGUUUCGUGAGGAGGCUGCCUGAUUUUACAUUCUCACAAGAAACUGCACAGGGCUUCCAGUCUCCACCUAGGAGAAUCUGUGAGAAGCUUCUAGAAUGGUCUGUUCGGCCCUCAUCAGAGUUGCCCGUGAGCAUAUCUACCUGGUGAGAAGAGUCAGUCAUGUCUGCAGAUGCAGUCAACAUCGGGCCUGGGGCUCAAGGCCAGCUGCAUCACAGUUUGCUGUCCAAGGUGCUCCCGGCAGUGUGCUGGAGCUGCUUGGUAAAUCCUACCCUCAGGAUGACCACACUAACCUUACCCAGAAGGUCCUUUCAAAGGUGGGCAGGAACCUGCACAACCAGAAGUUCCAUCCUCUGUGGCUGAUCAAGGAGCGGGUGAAGGAGCACUUCUACCAGCAGUAUAUGGGGCGCUCCAGGACACCUCUGUUCUCUGUCUAUGACCAGCUUCCUCCAGUGGUCACCACCUGGCAGAACUUUGAUAGCCUGCUAAUCCCAGCUGACCACCCCAGCAGGAAGAAGGGGGACAACUAUUACUUGAAUCGGGUACACAUGCUGAGAGCACACACAUCAGCACAUCAGUGGGACUUGCUGCAUGCGGGACUUAAUGCCUUCCUCGUAGUAGGUGAUGUGUAUCGGCGUGACCAGAUUGAUUCCCAGCACUACCCAGUUUUCCACCAGCUGGAGGGUGUCCGGCUCUUCUCCAAGCAUGAGUUAUUUGCUGGAGUAAAGGAUGGAGAAAGCUUGCAGCUCUUUGAAGAAAGUUCUCGCUCUGCUCAUAAGCAAGAGACACACACCAUGGAGGCUGUGAAGCUUGUGGAGUUUGACCUUAAACAAGUACUGACUAGGCUUGUGACACAUCUUUUUGGAGAUGGGCUGGAGGUUCGGUGGGUGGACUGCUACUUUCCCUUUACCCACCCUUCCUUCGAGAUGGAGAUCAACUUCCGUGGAGAAUGGCUGGAAGUCCUUGGCUGUGGGGUGAUGGAACAGCAGCUUGUCAAUUCAGCUGGUGCUCAGGAUCGAAUCGGCUGGGCUUUUGGCCUGGGAUUAGAGAGGCUGGCUAUGGUCCUCUAUGAUAUCCCUGACAUUCGCCUUUUUUGGAGUGAGGAUGAGCGCUUCCUGAAGCAGUUCCACCUGUCAGACAUCAAUCAGAGUGUCAAGUUUCAGCCUCUUAGCAAGUACCCCGCUGUGUUCAAUGACAUUUCAUUCUGGCUGCCCUCGGAGAACUACACGGAGAAUGAUUUCUAUGACAUUGUCCGAACAGUCGGAGGAGACCUGGUGGAAAAGGUUGAUCUUAUAGACAAGUUUGAACAUCCAAAGACACACAGGACCAGCCACUGCUACCGCAUUACCUACCGCCACAUGGAACGGACACUGUCCCAGAGAGAAGUCAGCAGUGUCCACCAGGCUGUGCAGGAGGCCGCUGUGCAGCUGCUGGGUGUGGAGGGCCGUUUUUGAUGUCGUGGUAUUACACAGGCUGCAGCCCUCUUGGGUUGCAGAACUCUCCAGAAAGGGGGAGCCACAGUGUUUGUGAACUGGAGUGUGUCUGUCCUCAUUUGAUAAAUGGGUCUGCUUUAGGACUUUCAGGAAAUAAAGGAUCACUUUUUAGAAGCA